UAAAUACAUUUAGGUGACACAUGUAUCCAAAUAAAAUUUUUAAACAUCUCUACAUACACCACUAUAUACCAAAAAUCGGAUCAUAAAUCGGGGUGUUACAGCUUAUUUAUUUGUUGUUUAUCUUCAACGGCAUAGCCAAUAGUUCCUUGAUUUCAUUGGGAGUUGAGGGAAACAUGGAUAGCUCGCUUGGGCUUUUGUUGGUGACGAUAACUUUCGCCUUCAUUUAUAUUGGUCAUGCUCAAGACCAAGAAGGGUUCAUCAGUUUGGAUUGCGGGCUACCUGCAAAUGAACUGUCUCCUUAUAGCGACACUUAUACUAGACUGUCGUUCUCUUCCGACGAAAAUUUCAUACAGAGCGGAAAAAUUGGUCGAAUCCAAGCAAACCAAGAAAGCGAAUUCGGGAAGCCAUACCGAACGCUGAGAUAUUUUCCCAAUGGAACACGAAACUGUUACAAUCUAAGUGUGGAGAAAGGCAGAAAUCAUUUGAUCAGGGCUUAUUUUAUAUAUGCAAAUUAUGAUGGUUUUGAUAUUAACCCCAAUUUUGAUCUGUAUCUUGGACCUAAUCUAUGGGACACGAUAGAUUUGCAAGAACAAGUGAAUGGUCGACGGGCCGAGAUAUUGCACAUUCCAAUAUCAAACUCGUUGCAGAUUUGUCUGGUUAAGACAGGGACGACUACUCCGUUCAUAUCCACCUUGGAGAUACGUCCAAUGGGAAAUGAUACUUAUAUCACUGAUUCUGGUUCCCUCAAAUUUUUCUUUCGGAGAUAUCUUACGGAGUCGGAGAAUUUCAUAAGGUACCCUAGCGAUAUCUAUGAUCGGGUAUGGCUUCCGUACUUCCAGAGGGAAUGGACCCAGAUUUCCACCACAUUCCAAGUAAAUAAUUCAAACAAUGGUUAUGCUCCACCAAAAGCAGCACUUACAACUGCUGCAACACCUACAAAUUCCAGUGCGCCACUGACGAUCCAAUGGAAUUCGAGUAACGUUAAUAAUCAAUAUUACUUCUACAGACACUUCGCUGAGAUCCAAGAGUUGCAGACCAACGAAACCAGGGAGUUCAACAUAGUUUGGAAUGGAGAAGUUAUACACAGCCUAUUCACUCCUCCAAAAUUUAUUGCAUUUACUAUCUAUAGCGCGUCGCCAAGAACUUGUGAAGGAGGGGAAUGCAGUCUUCAGCUGACAAGAACCAACAGAUCAACUCUUCCACCUCUGCUUAACGCUAUUGAGGUCUACACAGUUAUCCAGUUUCCGCAGUCUGAAACAAAUGAAAUCGACGUGAUUGCUGUCCAAAACAUCAAAACCACCUAUGGAAUAAGUAGAAUCAGCUGGCAAGGAGAUCCAUGCGUCCCUCAACAGUUUAUAUGGGACGGCUUAAACUGCAGCAACACGGAUAUCACUACACCACCAAGAAUCAUUCAUUUAAACUUGUCAUCAAGUGGUCUAAUUGGAACCAUAACGGAUGUCAUUCAGAAUCUUACAUUACUAGAAACUCUGGACUUGUCCAAUAAUAAUUUGAUUGGAGAGGUGCCAGACUUUUUAGGCAACAUGAAAUCUUUGGUGUUCAUAAACAUAAGCAUGAAUGAUCUUAGUGGUUUGAUUCCUCAGGCUCUUCAGAGGAAAGGACUAGAGUUAUUUUCUCAAGGGAACCCGAGACUUUGUCUCUCUGGUUCAUGCCUACCUCCGAAACCCAAGCCAUUUCCGGUGGCAAUUGUCGCAUCAGUAGCAUCUGUGGCCAUAAUUAUCGUUGCUGUUUUGGUACUUACUUUUGUUUUAAGAAAGAAAAGGCCGUCAAUUGUGGGAGCUCAACAACGACAGCCAAGUAUAUCGUCUGUGAAUGUUACGUAUACAAAUUCACCUGUUUCAUCAAUCCAAACCAAUAAAAGAAGUUUUACAUAUUCAGAGGUCCUUAAUAUGACAAACAACUUCCAAAGGGUUGUUGGGGAAGGAGGAUUUGGUAUUGUCUACCACGGUACUCUAUAUGGUUAUGAACAAGUAGCUGUUAAGCUCCUUUCUCAAUCAUCAACUCAAGGCUAUAAGCAAUUCAAGGCAGAAGUUGAUCUUCUUAUGAGAGUUCACCACACCAAUUUGGUAAACCUGGUAGGAUACUGUAACGAAGGAGAUCACUUGGCUUUGAUAUACGAGUUUGUGUCAAAUGGGGACUUAAGACAGCAUCUGACAGGGAAAGGAGGUAGAUCUAUUAUCAACUGGAGCAUUCGGCUACAAAUAGCUGUGGAUGCUGCAUCAGGUUUGGAGUACUUACACAUUGGGUGCAUACCACCAAUGGUUCAUAGAGAUGUCAAAACCACAAACAUAUUGUUAGACGAGCAGUUUAAGGCCAGGCUCGCUGAUUUUGGGUUGUCCAGAUCUUUUCCAGUAGGAGAUGAAUCUCAUGUUUCGAUGAUGAUUGCUGGUACUCCUGGAUACCUUGAUCCCGAAUAUUACCGUACAAAUCGGUUGACCGAGAAGAGCGACGUGUACAGCUUCGGGAUUGUGUUACUAGAGAUGAUCACAAACCAACCCGUGAUUGACCAAUCCCGUGAAAAGUCUCACAUAACAGAGUGGGUCGGGUUAGAGGUAAAUAGCGGAGAUAUUAGGAGUAUCAUGGAUCCAAACCUUCAAGAAGACUACGACUCUGAUUCUGCAUGGAGAAUUUUUGACUUGGCAAUGUCAUGUGUAAAUCCUUCUUCCAAAAGACGCCCAAGCAUGUCUCAGGUUGUUGUCGAACUGAAGGAGUGUCUUGAAUCUGAAAAAUCGAGGAGAAAUAUGAGUAGAGGCAGGAUGGACUCUCAUAGAUCGGCUGAAGUUACCGUGCUCGUUGAUACUGAGAUGUUUCCUAUAGCUAGAUAGGACGACUCUUUAGGAAAAGAACCUACAUGUGUUGUGUAAUAAGCUUUUGGAUAUAGAAGUAUUGCCCAAAAGGAUAAAACAAAUAUUCUAUUUUCACUAUUUCUGAGUAAGAUUUAAGAAUUGAAACAUGAGCUUGGCCACUUGGAUGGCUCCUGGGGAAAAGGGAUGGCGUCCUCUGUGUUAGCUUGCUAGUUUUAUCUUCUUGUAAUUCUAACUAGACUUUGACCCGCGCGCCUGCGCGGGUGUAUAUUUUGAAAAAUAUGUUGAUA